GUGUGGAUCGCACUUUCACUACAUAAAAAGGAGCGACGAUGAUUGGUGUUUUUGCGUGCCCAGACUGAGAUUAAGGUUUUGUCUAUAACACGUCAUCGUUUGCUCUUUUCUCUUUCAGGGUACAACAGGCUGCUUUCUGCUAUACUGCACCUUCGUCUUAAUUAUAAGACAUCUUAAGCCCUCGUCACUCACACAGCCUUUUUCCAUUGACACACUGCCUGGAUUUGACCUGCCUCUGUCCUAGCACAGCUGAUCAAUCCAUUUCUCCUAUGGUACACUGUACAAGAUGGCGGUAUCGGGAACAGAAAGGGACGGAGUAAAUAUUGAUGGAUACCUGAACAACUCAUUCGGGUCCUGUGGACUAGGUUCUCCGGACCGUGAAGACAUUGCACGCCUGUUGACUGUUCCUUUUAGUGGCCGAAUAAAGGGAGGAAUGAGACCAGGCAAAAAAAUAAUCGUGAUGGGGAUUGUGGACCCCGAGCCUGAAAGUUUUGACAUCAGCCUCACUUGUGGUGACACGGAUGAUUCUCGUGCUGAUGUGGCUAUGGAGCUGAGUGCCAGGUUCCCAGAGAGGCAAUUUCUCAGAAAGGCCUGUGUGUCCGGGAAAUGGAGUGAGGAAGAAACGCCAAUCCCUUACUUCCCGUUCAUUCAGGACCAGCCAUUUAGGAUUGAAAUCCAUUGUGAGCACCAACGCUUCAGAAUAUUCGUGGAUGGGCACCAGCUCUUUGACUUUUUCCACCGUGUUGAGUCUUUACCAGCCAUUGACACAAUAAAAAUUAACGGGAGCCUACAGAUAACUAAACUGGGCUAGGCUGGCCAUCUGAAUGAGGGGCUUCUUUGGGUCCAUGCUAGUGGGGGUUGUUCUUCAAGCAUUACAGUCCUACAAUAGUAACACAGCUGGGUCUGUUUGCUAUGUGAUUAAUUAUAAUAUAUUUUGAUGUCUCUAAUUAAAAUGUAGUCCCUUCUACAAGUUUAUCAUGGUAGUUUUGCACUUUUACCAUGCUUUUUCCAUGGUAAUACCAUGUAUUAACCAUACUUUACCCUGGUUUAGCAUUUUAAUU